CGACAAGUGCUAAAAUCGAUUGUUUUGCAGCACUACGAGGUAGCAUCAUUUUUCCCUCCAUUUUUUAUGUUUUCAGCAUCAAACGUAAUUAUUUGCUAACGUAUCACAUUGAUACAAAACAAUUCAAUGCAAAAAGUUUUAGAUAAUUUCCAACGGGCCGAAAAAAUCGGCGAAGGCACAUACGGCAUUGUAUACAAGGCGUGCAACAAUGAAACCGGACAGGAUGUUGCACUCAAGAAAAUCCGACUCGAAGGGGAAUCGGAGGGCGUUCCAUCGACAGCCAUACGGGAAAUAUCAUUGCUGAAGAACCUGAAGCACAAAAACGUGGUACAACUCUUUGAUGUGGUCAUUUCGGGCAAUAAUCUGUACAUGAUAUUCGAGUACCUCAACAUGGAUCUCAAGAAACUAAUGGACAAGAAGAAGGAUGUCUUUACACCGCAGCUAAUCAAAAGCUACAUGUAUCAGAUUUUGGAUGCACUCAACUUUUGUCAUACAAAUCGCAUUCUGCAUCGGGAUCUCAAGCCACAGAACCUGCUCGUUGAUACGGAGGGCAACAUCAAGCUGGCUGACUUUGGACUGGCUCGUGCCUUCAAUGUGCCCAUGCGCGCCUAUACACAUGAGGUGGUCACACUUUGGUACCGUGCUCCUGAAAUACUGUUAGGCACCAAGUUCUACUCAACGGGCGUGGACAUCUGGAGUUUGGGCUGCAUAUUUGCCGAAAUGAUCAUGCGACGUUCGCUGUUUCCAGGUGACAGUGAAAUCGAUCAACUUUAUCGCAUCUUUCGCACACUAAGCACACCCGACGAAAGCAAAUGGCCCGGAGUUACACAGUUGCCGGACUUUAAGGCAAAGUUUCCCAAAUGGGAAGCAUCCAAUGUACCUUCAGCUAUACGUGAGCACGAGGCACAUGAACUCAUUAUGUCCAUGCUCUGUUAUGAUCCCAAUCUGCGGAUAUCUGCCAAGAAUGCGCUACAACAUGCCUACUUUCAUAAUGUACAACAUGUCGAUCAUGUGGCAUUACCUGUGGAUCCUAAUGCUGGCAGUGCUGCGCGGCUUACCCAACUUGUUUGAACUGCCCUUUAUAGCUGAGAUCAUGCAUAUCUCAUUUCUUGUGAUGUUUAGUAUAAUUGUCAACUUCAUUUCAUUUGUACACACACCACAGACUAACAUACACCAUCAAAAUACACAUCAUUUACAUAAUAAU